UCCAAUGGACCACUACACUAUACUCACUAAAAACAAACUAACUACUGAACCAGACAGUCGAGAAAUGGCAGAAGUUAUGUUUGAACAAUUUCAAACGCCAGGUAUCUACAUCGGCGACGAAUCCUUGUUCUCACUGCGCUGGCAUCGCAAAUCGACGGGCGUGAUCGUAGACUGUGGUGAACUCAUCACUUAUAUCGAUCUCUUUUACAACAAUCAACGUCUCUCGAAUGGCAUUGUACUGAACUAUGGUGGUCUGGAUGUCACCAUGAAUCUGUUUUUGCGUCUAGUCGAAAUCGGCCACAUCAAGUUGGACUCGAAAAAAUCUGCUCAUGUCGAUAAAGUUAGAGACCUAAAGGAGGCGUAUGGUCGCGUCAGUACCAACUAUGAACGAAAGCUGCGGCCUGCGGAUGAAGCGGAGCUCAUUAGAGUGUAUUGCCGUGAUAUUAAAAUGCUUAUCGAGCUUUACUACGACCACAUCUACUGCUCGGAAGGUUUGUUCGAGCCCAGCAGUUACAGUUACUUUGCCAAUCCUUCAAUGGGAAUCCAUCGCGCAGUGUGCCAGGCCGUCGAGUCGCAACCCGAAGACAUACAGGCAGACCUCUACAGAUCCGUGCUCUUGUGCGGUGGCACGACGCUCUUGAAUUCGUUUCCGGAACGGCUAGCGUACGAAAUUAAUCGGAUCAAAAGAAUUUCAGCGACUGUUAACGUCGUUGCUAAGGAUUUUCGUCAAUACAGUGUUUGGCUCGGAGCGAACGAGUUUGCCAACAGCACGAGCGACCUUAGUGGCAUGAUGGUUACGAGAUCGAGAUAUUAUGAAUACGGUAUAGAUAUAGUUGAAACUAUUUAGAUUACCGCAGCUUUAACUGUGUGUGUGUGUGCUUUUGUGUUUGUUUUCGUGUGUGUGUGUGUGUGUGUUUGUUUUCGUGUGUGUGUGUGUGUGUGUGUGUGUGUGUGUGUGUGUGUGUGUGUGUGUGUGUGUGUGUGUGUGUGUGUGUGUGUGUGUGUGUGU